GGUUAAUCGGUAGUCUUCUAGGUGUCGGAACCAGACGCCCCGGUACUGAAACCAAUCUCAAACCCGCCUUAUGCACGUGCGCACAUUUCACACGCAAGGUACUGUGAUACGCCUCGAAACUGGACUACUGUAAACGGACGGAUGCGAUGGUGGUGCCGAAGAGCUGAACGCACGAAGACGGACGAAACAGCGCAAGCAGCUGGUUGCAAUAAAGUUUAUGUUCUGCUUUCGUUGGAGUUCAUUUUUCUCACGGUUGUCGUGAUAACCGCUUCCGGCGACGCUGACAGCCCACAGGAGGCCGGCCGCCGCCGCCGCCGCCUCGUGUGUUCCUCUUCCGGCUGGUCACAAACUAUGGCGGUCAACGAAUGGCUCGGCCGGAGCGGUCGCCCAUUCAAAGGCCCCGCUUUCAGUUGUUCGGUUCGAAAUAAUCACCACAUUAAGGUUUAA